ACACCCCGCGGAGUCGGCCUCGGUCAAGAUCCAGGGAACGAGUUUUAAAUGUGUUGUUUCGUUUCAUAGAACUUAUCCACCGAGAUCUACUGCUUUUCCUCGACAUUCAGUGGGUACGCCCAUGACUGCGGGGCUUCAGUGCGUAUGCCGACUGCUGGUGUACGAACAAAGUCGCAACCCUGGACGACCGCCAAUUCACCAGCAUAUACCCAGCAUUCAAUCAAGCAUGCCGCGACUCCACUGUUGCUGCCAAGUUGAUGCACGAGGCUAUCGGACACCGCUUCCACGCCAUCCUUGUCGAUAACGGAGUCCUCCGCCUCAACGAGGCCGAGAUCGUCCACGAGACUUUGACCAAAGGUCUCGGUAUCGACCUCACCGUCAUCGACGCAUCCGAGGAGUUCCUCUCCAAGCUCAAGGGCGUCUCCGACCCCGAGAAGAAGCGCAAGAUCAUCGGAAACACCUUCAUCGAAGUCUUUGAGCGCGAGGGCGACAAACUCGAGAAAGCCACCGAGCAAUCCGGUGCCAAGAUCGAGUUCUUGUUGCAAGGAACCCUCUACCCCGACGUCAUCGAGUCCAUCUCCUUCAAGGGUCCUUCCGCUACCAUCAAGACCCACCACAAUGUCGGCGGUCUCCUCGACGACAUGAAGCUCAAGCUCAUCGAGCCCCUUCGCGAGCUCUUCAAGGAUGAGGUCCGUGCGCUCGGUCGCCUCAUGGGUAUCCCCGCCGACCUCGUCAUGCGUCACCCCUUCCCCGGACCCGGUCUCGCAAUCCGUAUCUUGGGCGAAGUCACCCCCGAACAAAUCGCAAUCGCCCGCGCCGCCGAUAACAUCUUCAUCCAAGAAAUCCGCGCUCACGGGAUCUAUGACCGUAUGUCCCAGGCUUUCGCUGCUCUCCUCCCUGUCCGUGCCGUCGGUGUCAUGGGUGACCAGCGUACGUACGAGCAAGUCAUCGCGCUCCGUGCUGUUGAGACCACUGAUUUCAUGACUGCGACGUGGUAUGAGUUUGAGGCUAAGUUCUUGAAGGUUGUGAGUAGCAGGAUUAUCAAUGAGGUUAGGGGUGUUAACAGGGUUGUUUACGAUGUGUCUACGAAGCCUCCGGCUACUAUUGAAUGGGAGUAGACGAGCUUGAAAAGAGAGGGAUUGGGAAGAAGGGAAAAGAGAGGACAGAUGGAUAUGGAUAUGGAUAUCAUACACAGGAACGACAUAAUUAGAAGAGCGUAGAAACGGAAAUACGAGCGCUUGUUAUCAUUGAUCUCCUCUCUCCC